UUGUUUUUUCAACUUCAUAUUUAUUUUCGCUAUUUAAUUUAUAUUAAUUGAUAUGCUAUCUAGGGUCGACAAAUGAUUACAUUAUAUAUCAGAGAUAUUUAACAUAUAUCUUUACAAAAUAUUUAAUUAAGAUAAGAGAUAUUAUUUAUGCGUGAAAAACUAAGUCAACACCUGGGUGUUCACGUGCAUGUAAUCUGAAAUUAGUCACUUCCGACGACGUCAUCGACUCGACAGCAUCCAGCAUCUUUCAGCACUGCUCAGUACAUUCCAAGGCGUCGAUUGAUGGAUGCCUCUAACCUCAUCGUAUACAUGUUACACACGUUGAUAAUUCCAACAUGAAUCGCGUAGAUUUAAAAAUCGUGUUGCUAGGUAAUGCAAUGGUGGGAAAAACGAGUCUUAUGGAACGAUAUGUGCAUGAUUCGUUCAACGGCAAUAGACCUUAUCAAAAUACAAUAGGCACUGUGUUUGCAGCGAAGCAAGUACAAAUAAAUGGAAUAUCUCUUGUUAUGGGAAUAUGGGAUACAGCAGGAAGUGAAAAAUAUGAUGCAAUGACUCGAACAUAUUAUCGUGGCGCAAAGGCUGCUAUAGUAUGUUAUGACAUUACUAAGAUGAGUACAUUCCAAAGAGCGAAACACUGGGUGAGAGAACUCAGAAGUAUUGAAGAAAAUUGUAAAGUAUAUCUAUGCGCUACUAAAGACUUAUGCGACGAAGGUUUUAUAUCAGAUGAUCCAGAUCUGCAGAAUAUUGUAGAAAGGUAUGCAAAGGGUACACAGACCAAAUUUUUUACAACAUCAAGUAAGACAGGAGAAAAUGUAGACGAAUUGUUCAACGAAAUUAUACAAGAUUUCGUCUCCAAUCCAGAAAAUUUGCAACAGGCCGAAGAAGCAAUUGUUCUAAGCAGAGAAUCUGAGAAAAGGUAUUGUUGUACACUGAUUUAACAAGAUCAGUAUUGAUAUUAUAUUCUUGUACGGUUUUUUUAUCAGACAUCUUAUCUGAGAUUAUAUAUAAUGUACUAUGUAAUAAAAUAGAUUUUAAUAUAAUUGUUAAAGAUUGCUGUGAUAUAUUAUUUUGCUCAGUAAUUUUCAAUAGCUUCAAAGUUUGUAUCACAAUAUUGUUAAUUAUAAGCAUAGCUUACAAUCAAUGAGCUUACAAAACUGAAUUAAAUAUUUCAGCAAUUUUAAAAAAAUGUGUGUGCAUAUAAAGUGUUGUAUAAUUAAAGUGUUGCACAAUACAUAGUCGAGAAAUAUUCUUAAAUA